AAAUAAAGCAUUUAAAAAACAAAAAAAAAAUACCAAAAAUACAAAAAAACCGAAGCUGAAAUUAGGCCGACAAUUCAUAAUUAGCCAUGCAGAAAAAUUCCAAUACUCACAAACGCACAGAGUAAUUAAAUUCGCAAAUAAAAAAUCUUUGAAAAGGUCAGCAUGUUUAAAGCAAUAAAGUACAAGAGAUUUGAGUGAUGACAGUUUUUAAACCGGAGAAAUUUAAAUCUUAACAUGCUAACAAGUUGCAGUGCAGUCAGAAAAAGCAACAAAUUUGAUAUAAGAUGGAAAAAAAUUCUUGUUAUAUCAGCAUUUUCUUUGUUCUUAACAAUACUAAUACUAAAUAACACAAACAAAACAACUUUGGAAAUGUAUUUCUCUGAAAAAACCAAUGUAGCUUUAGUUAUUGCGCAUCCUGACGAUGAGGUCAUCUUUUUUUCUCCUACUAUCUUGCAGCUUAAAAAGCAACCGCAUAUAAAAUUGUACGUAGUGUGUGUGACUGAAGGAAAUUUUUACGGACUUGGUCCUACUCGAAAAAAGGAACUAUACAGCAGCUGUAAUGAGUUGGGCUUAGAAAGUGAAGAAGUACUUUUUGUUAAUGAUGACAAUUUUUACGACAAUCCAUCCAUUAGAUGGAAUAACACUUCAAUUCUAGCAAAAGAUCUCGAGAGAAUACUAUCUAAAUUAAAUAUAGGAUCAAUUCUGACUUUUGGUCCUUAUGGGUGCUCUGGUCAUCCCAACCACAGAGAUGUUCAUUUAACAGUUCGCUCAUUAUUAAAUUACCGCAGAUUUUUUUUAACUGAUGUUAAUAUAUUAAGUUAUUAUGGAGGAAUAUUAGAGAUGUUAUACACGUUUUUUACUACUCCGUCUAAUAACGCUUUAUUUUAUUCGUGGAAUUUGCACAAAACAUUUAACGCGAUGAAGUCGCACAAAUCGCAGUUUCAUUUUCAUUGGAUUUUGACAAGAUAUGCUCUAGUAAAUGACUGGUGGGUAUAUGAUGUGAAUGAGUUAGUUGGAGAAGAAUUGCCGCCGCUCUAAAAAAACAAUUCAUUUUUAAUUUGUAAAUCAUAUAUUUUUUUUACCUCACAAUUAAAAAAAAAAGUAAAAAAUGUUUCUAAUGAUU